AAACCCGAGCUAGAGAGAAGCUGGAAGGAAGUCAUGUGACCAGCUGUUCACGUGAUUGUUGAGGAAUUCCAGAACAUGAUUGUUCGGCUCGAGCGCUUGACAGACCGCGGGAGUUUCUGAAGCAAGGCUGGAUGCCUUGACCAAUUGUAUGCCAGCUGAGGAGUGCACACCUGCCCUUUUCCUUGAAGGCUACAAUGUCCUUGCCUGAGAAGCCUCAGCAGAAGGGUCUCUGGAUGAUUCUGUGGGUUUCUGUCCUCUCAGUUGUGACUACUGCACUUGGUGCUUCUGGGAUCCGUGAAGCAGCUACUGCUGCCUUGAGUCCUGGAACUGCUUCAGAAGGAGUGAGCACCUGCAGGGAUAAGAACAAAUGCAGGGGAGCACAACAGAAACCUGUAGAGCAGCCAGAAUUCUCCAAAGGGGUUAUCUUGCAGCCACAGUGUGAUAUCCCUCUGGACAGCCGCUUUGACUGUGCUCCAGAAAAGCUGCUCUCUCAAGAAGAAUGUCAGGCUCGGGGCUGCUGUUAUGUCCCUGUUUUGCCCAAGGGCCCUGCCAUUUGGCAGCCAUGGUGCUUCUUCCCACCCAGCUACCCUAGUUACAAGAUGGCAAACCUGACUACCACUGAAAGUGGCUAUGCUGCCCGCUUGACCCGUGAUACACCCACUUUCAUCCCAGAUGACAUAAUGAAUUUGCAGCUGGACAUGAUGUUUGAGACGGAGAGUAGGCUUCACUUCACGGUUAAGGAUCCAGCUAACAAGCGCUAUGAGGUCCCUUUAGAAACGCCCAAAACAAGCAACCAGGCAUCUUCAACACUCUACUCUGUACAAUUCUCUGCUGAUCCCUUUGGCCUUGUUAUUCUUCGGAAAUCCAGUGGGCGGGUUCUGAUCAAUACCACAGUGGCUCCCCUAUUCUACGCAGACCAGUUCCUGCAGAUCUCCACCUCUCUGCCAUCACGUUUCAUCUCUGGACUGGGUGAGCACUUGACCUCGCUCAUCCUUAAUGUCAAUUGGACCAGGGUUACUCUAUGGAAUCGGGACAUAUCACCUGUGCCCUCUGCCAAUCUGUAUGGCUCACACCCCUUCUACCUGGCAAUGGAGGAGGGAGGUUUGGCCCAUGGAGUCUUUCUGCUGAACAGCAAUGCCAUGGAUGUGAUACUGCAGCCCACUCCAGCCCUAACCUGGAGAACAACUGGAGGUAUCCUGGAUUUCUAUGUUUUCCUGGGCCCAGACCCAAAGAGUGUGGUGCGGCAGUACAUGGAUGUAAUUGGGUAUCCAUUCAUGCCCCCAUAUUGGGCCCUAGGAUUCCACCUCUGUCGCUGGGGAUACACAUCCACGGCUCUCACUCGGGAAGUGGUGAAGAACAUGACAGCAGCGCAAUUCCCCCUGGAUGUGCAGUGGAAUGAUCUGGAUUAUAUGAAUGCUAGGAGAGACUUUACUUUCAACAAGGAUGGUUUCAGGGACAUGCCAGAUAUGGUGAACGACUUCCAUCGUGAUGGCCGGAGGUAUGUCAUGAUUGUGGAUCCAGGUAUCAGCAGUUCUAGCCCCUCUGGCAGUUACAAGCCUUAUGAUGAAGGUCUGAAGCGAGGGGUCUUCAUCUUAAAUGCAACAGGACAGCCUCUGAUUGGGGAGGUUUGGCCUGGCCCCACUGCCUUCCCUGACUUCACCAACCCAGAGACUCAGCAGUGGUGGCAUGACAUGGUCAAGGAUUUCCACGCCCAAGUGCCUUUUGAUGGCAUGUGGAUUGACAUGAACGAGCCAUCAAAUUUUGUGGGAGGUUCCUUGGAAGACUGUCCUGACAACAAGCUUGAGAAUCCCCCUUAUGUGCCAGGCAUAUUAGGUGGAUCCUUGAAGACACGAACACUCUGUGCCUCCAGCAGGCAAAACCUGUCCUCCCACUACGACCUGCACAAUCUGUAUGGGUUGACUGAAGCCAUCGCAUCACAUGAUGCUUUAGUGAAAGUGCGAGGGAAGCGGCCAUUUGUGAUCUCGCGUUCCACCUUUGCCAGUCAUGGUCGCUUUGCCGGUCACUGGACUGGGGAUGUCAUGAGCAACUGGGAGCAUUUAUAUUACACCAUACCAGGGGUGCUACUCUUUAACCUCUAUGGCGUUCCACUGGUUGGUGCUGACGUUUGUGGCUUUGUGGGCGACACGUCAGAAGAGCUAUGUGUACGCUGGACCCAACUGGGUGCUUUCUAUCCCUUCAUGCGAAACCACAAUGACCAUGGAAACAAGCCCCAGGAGCCUUAUGUCUUUAGCCAAGAGGCCCAGCGGGCCAUGAGAAAAGCCCUUUUGCUCCGCUAUGCUUUGCUGCCCUACCUCUACACCCUCUUCCACAAGGCCCACUCUGAAGGGGAAACGGUUGCCCGCCCCCUUUAUUUGGAGUUCCCAGAAGAUCCUAAUACAUGGAACAUUGACCGACAGCUCAUGUGGGGAGCAGGGCUCCUCAUUACUCCUGUGUUGGAGCCAGGGAAGACUAAAGUCAGCGGCUACUUCCCUUCGGGCACGUGGUACAAUCUUUUGGCUGGAGCUGUCAUACACAGCAAGGGACAAUGGAUUCUUUUACCGGCUCCACUUGACACUAUCAAUGUCCAUGUACAAGCAGGUCACAUCUUACCCUUGCAGGAACCUGCCUUCACAACCACAGAGUCCCGCAAAAAAGGGGUGACCCUAGUGGUGGCUUUGACCCUGGAAGGGGUGGCGAGAGGUGACCUGUUCUGGGAUGAUGGCGAAGGACUGCUGACCUUUGAGAAGGGCGAUUACACACAGAUUUUCUUUCUGGCAAGAAAUGGUAUGCUGGUCAAUGAGUUUGUGCGACUUAAUAGCCAAAUAGAUGGGCUGCUGUUGAAAGAGGCAACAGUUCUAGGUGUCCCCAGCCCUCCUCGCCGUGUACUGGCAAAUGGUGUCCCUGUCUCAGACUUCUCUUAUCGCAUAGACACCAAGAUCCUUAACAUCCCACUCUCUCUGCUGAUGGGGGAGCCAUUUGUCAUCACCUGGUCCUGAGCAAAGAAGGAAAGCUGGCCAGCUUCACUCCACUGCAACCAAAGAAUGAAAAACUAUGUAAAAUGCACAUUAUGUUGUCUGUGCACAACAUUGGAAUGUUUUGGUGAUUCAUCGGAAAAUGUCCUUUCGGGGGCAGAACCAUUUCCUGUUUUCCUCCGACAUAGUAGGAAGGGUUGGGGAACCUGCGGCCCUUCUGAUGUCAAGAAUGACGGAAGCCAUAGUCCAACCAAGGUCUGGAGGUCCACAGGUUCCUCAGCCCACGGAAUAGCCAGAGGCUUCAGGGACUUUCUCUAUUCUUAGUUUAAGCCAGAUAUUUGACAGCUUUGGUUUUGCUUUUGGAUGCUGCAAGAUUUCUUCACACAAUUCUCUAAUGGCUAUAGCAUUAUUGCAGUUUUCAAAAUAAUGAUCACGAAAAAGAUGGCUGCUGCUCUGUUGUGAUGUUCUCUUAAUGGUACUACCAGAUGGAGGUAUAAGCCUGCUCAAGCAGGUGCCGAAGCAGGCUGGAGCUAUGUUGACAUCUGCCUUGUUAGCUGCCAAGAUUGACUCCCCUUGAAGUCAAUUGCUUGCUUCCUGUUGGCUGUAAUAAUCCAGGACCACGCUACAAAAUUACUAAGAGUGGUGGAAGGAAAACGUUCCUGGACUGGGGGCAGAAUCUUUCAGAGAAGAACCGCAAGACGGAGUUAGGCAUCCCAAACCAUGGGGUUUUUUUCUUUUAAAAUAAUCAGUGCAGUCUCCUGGGGCCCAGCCAAAGGCGUGAUUCUGCUACAGAUGGCAGAGCUAGCGUUUCUGCAUGGAUGGGACUUGUAUGGUCAGUACCAAAUACUAUUGCACUAAAAUGGAGUUUCUUUUUAUCAGGGCCCAUUCCACAGAUCAGGAAAGAUGCUGAGUCUAGUUACUUGCUGAAAGCCAUUCUUAUCAUGAACAAAAAAAGCUUUUCCCAAUUGGGAUCAAUCAGAUGUGGAAAGAGGUGGCUGAAAUGGGAACUCAGGGAAGACGGGGCUCCUUUGCCUUUGAAGCCAGCAAUUUAUUUUUGCUCCCCAUUAAAAGGAGUUUUCUGUA